CCGGGCGCCGUCCAUCCGGCUGUUCCGCUCUCUGGCUGCGCGGGCAGCUCAUGCUCGGGACCCUCGUCCCGUGACCCCGGCCCAGCAGCCCGCGUUGGUCAGCAGCACUGCCUCUGGCUGUCUUCCGGGGCGUCCCGGGUAGUCGGGGCGGCCUCGCCGGCCGGCGUGCGAGCCUGUGGGACGGAGGGCGGCCCUGGCCCGGUGUCGGGAACUGCUGCCGCCGCCGCUGCCCGGAGUAACCAGGCCUUCGUGCUGUGCAGCGCGUCCACCUCGCACUCCGAGAACUCCGCGCACGCCAAGCCCGCCUCGGUCGUGUCCUCGGACUCCGCGUCCACGUCCGCAGACCACGUCUCUCCCGACCUGCAGAGCCAGAGGGGCGCUGUGGGGGCUCCGGGACCCACCUCUCCGCGCAGCCGUCUGGGGUCAGCCCGGCCAAAUCCCCGGGCUGGUCUGGGGUCCGCCGCAUGGGCCUGUUUCCUCGAGAACGCCCCUCCCCCGCGCGGGCAUGGGCGCCAGCGGGCCUGCUGCGAGGCUGAGCCCGAAGACCGUCUCGGCCAGCCCAGGCAGGCCCCCCCCCCUUUCCCAGCAGCCCCAGUGCGCCCUGCUCCUGCUGAUGGGCGGGGCCAGGGCGUGCGGCUCGCAGUCCGGGACCGUCAAAGGGUGCAGCGCCGCUCCGUGCCCCAGCGUGGUUCAGCGAGGCGAUGCUGGCCGCGGUCACUCCCCAGCGCGUGCGCCAGCGCCUGUCAGGCCAAGGACGUCACGUACAUCUGCCCCUUCACCGGCGCGGUGCGGGGCACCCUGACCGUCACCAACUACCGGCUGUUCUUCAAGAGCACGGAGCGGGACCCCCCGUUUGUGCUGGACGCUUCCCUCGGCGUGAUCAGCAGGGUGGAGAAAAUCGGGGGCGCUUCCAGCCGGGGCGAAAAUUCGUACGGGCUGGAGACCGUGUGCAAGGACAUCCGGAACUUGCGGUUCGCUCACAAACCCGAGGGGCGGACCAGAAGAUCCAUCUUCGAGAAUCUGAUGAAAUACGCGUUUCCGGUGUCCAAUAACCUGCCUCUCUUCGCCUUCGAGUACAAGGAGCAGUUCCCCGAGGACGGCUGGAAGCUGUACGACGCCCUCCUGGAGUACAGGCGCCAGCGGGAGACGCGGCGGUCGGGACACCCAGAGGCCUCAGCAGGGGCAGGGCGGGAGGCCGUUGCCCAGACUCGGGGCGUCUCGGGCGCUUCCCUGCGGCCUGGGGCCCGCGUGCCGGGCGCUGGGCGGUCUCCGUGGGCAUCUCCGUCAGAUGUCCACUCCCGCAGCUGCCGCGUCGCCGAGCACAGCAAGAGUGCCCAGGGCUGCGUGCGGCCUGCGGGCGCCCGCGGGCUCCUGCGGCCCUGGGCCUGUCGUGCCCUGCAGAAGCCCCGGCUGGGCACCGCUUCCCUCCGUGCCCUGCAGGCCAAGGGCGGCGGCUACGAGAGUGAGGACGCCUAUCAGAACGCGGAGCUGGUGUUCCUGGACAUCCACAACAUCCACGUCAUGCGGGAGUCGCUGCGGAAGCUCAAGGAGCUCGUGUACCCCAACAUCGAGGAGGCCCACUGGCUGUCCAGCUUGGAGUCCACCCACUGGCUGGAGCACAUCAAGCUGAUCCUGGCAGGCGCGCUCAGGAUCGCCGACCGGGUGGAGGCGGGCAAGGCCUCGGCCGUGGUGCACUGCAGCGACGGCUGGGACCGCACGGCGCAGCUGACCGCGCUGGCCAUGCUCAUGCUGGACGGACAUUACCGCACCGUGCGCGGCUUCCAGGUCCUGGUGGAGAAGGAGUGGCUGAGCUUCGGGCACCGCUUCCAGCUGAGACUCGGCCACGGGGACAAGAACCACGCGGACGCCGACCGGUCCCCCGUCUUCCUGCAGUUCGUGGACUGCGUGUGGCAGAUGACGCGGCAGGUAGGGCGGCGCCGGCUCGGUCUUCGGCCAGCCUGGAGGGGGACGUGGGCGCGUCCCGCGGCUGAUGGACAGUCUGCUGGUCACGGCGAGGAGGGCUGGUCUCUGGGAAAGACCCGGGGCCUGGAGGGCGCCUGCUUGGCACGGCCCCGGGCACAGGGCCCGCUCCGGAGAGGCCGCGGCGGGCUGGCGUGCAGCUUCAUCCGGGGCCCC